AAAGGAUGACACCACCGACAAUUGAGAAAAACAGUGAUGAGAAAAAUUCAAAAGUACUUCUGCGAGGUCUGUGGUGCUGAAGAGUCGUGAGUAGACUCACGGAUCUGUCUAGAGUGAGCAGGGACUUGACAAAUCUGCAUUAGAAGACUAGUUGUGACCCGAGUGAUGUCUGUUGUGAGACCUCCAUACUUGUAUCUUCAUGAAUAUCACAACUAAUACUCAUUCUAGUCAUGCUGUUCCUUCUUGUUCUUAUGUGCUUCAGUGCUUGCUUCGUCGUAGAAAAAUUCCUUUUCGACUUUCCAGUGAUAUACUGAUAGGUGUACAACUUCUAUACUGAUACGUGAUAGCUGUACUACUAUGUAUACUUAGAUGAACAGAUUCAAGCACUGAGCUCUCCGCUUCAGAGCUUGUUUGUCGAGGAGGUCUCUGGUCUUUGGAGGCCUCUGGUCUGUUUCAUCUGCUUUGUAUCUGUACUGGUCGUGGAGUGAAGUAGAACUUGUUUGAGUGGCUUGAAAGGCUGAC